UGCAUUGUGGGUCUUUCCCAAGAUGGCGGCGCCCUUGCUGAAGUGCUGAAGAAGUGUCUCUGGAGAAAUAGUUGGAAUUGUUUGUUAAUUUCACGGCAAGUAGUUUACAACAUUUGCCUCGUCGACACACGUUUGUGGCAGAAGACCAUACGACAAGCGUCAUUGACAGCUCGAGCCUGACAGCGCGUGGCGUGGUUGUGGCAGAGUGUCCGUGUGAAGAUGGGCCUCGUCUCGAGCCCCUUCCCAUAGCAAAGAGCAGCCGUGGGGAGAGAAACCGUAGAUUUCCCUGCAAACACAUACCGGUCGAACUUGGACCUAUCGGGUACGACAUUGUUUAUAAAUUGUGGACGCUACCGUACAAUUUUCUUUCAAGAAUUUUCUGUGCGACCGCGUCUAUAAUAGUCAGGAGACGGAGAGGUUUCCCACCCCGUAUCGAAGAGGAUUGUACCGCGCCAAGGGUCCUGAUGAAAAUGGACUCGGAACUGCUGCUCUCGCCGGCCGUGUGUCUGGCUGAGGAGGAGGAGGCGGACAUGAGCGACUGGAACCUGCCGCUGGCCUUCAUGAAGAAACGCCACUCAGAGAAGAUCGAGGGCUCCAAGGCCCUGGCCCAGAGCUGGAGGAUGAAGGACAGGAUGAAGACAGUGAGUGUGGCCCUGGUGCUGUGUCUCAACGUGGGCGUGGACCCUCCUGACGUGGUCAAGACGUCACCCUGCGCCAGACUGGAGUGCUGGAUCGACCCUCUGUCCAUGAGUCCACAGAAAGCCCUGGAGACCAUUGGGGCCAACCUGCAGAAGCAGUAUGAGAACUGGCAACCCAGGGCACGUUACAAGCAGAGUCUGGACCCCACCGUAGACGAGGUGAAGAAGCUGUGUACGUCCCUGAGACGCAACGCCAAGGAGGAGCGUGUCCUCUUCCACUACAAUGGACACGGGGUCCCCCGACCCACCGUCAACGGAGAGAUCUGGGUCUUCAACAAGAACUACACCCAGUACAUCCCUCUGUCUGUGUACGACCUCCAGACGUGGAUGGGCAGCCCCUCCAUCUUCGUUUACGACUGCUCCAACGCAGGCAUCAUCGUCAAGUCUUUCAAACAGUUCGCCCUGCAGAGAGAGCAGGAGCUGGAGGUGGCAGCCAUUAACCCCAACCACCCCCUGGCCCAGAUGCCUCUACCCCCCUCCAUGAAGAACUGUAUCCAGCUGGCUGCCUGCGAGGCCUCAGAGCUACUGCCCAUGAACCCUGACCUCCCCGCUGACCUCUUCACCUCCUGCCUCACCACGCCCAUCAAGAUCGCCCUGCGCUGGUUUUGCAUGCAGAAAAGUGCCAAGCUGGUGCCAGGGGUGACGUUGGACCUCAUUGAGAAGAUACCUGGGAGACUGAAUGACAGACGCACCCCACUGGGAGAGCUCAACUGGAUCUUCACUGCUAUCACUGACACUAUCGCCUGGAACGUGCUGCCCAGAGAUCUGUUCCAGAAGCUCUUUCGUCAGGACCUGUUGGUGGCCAGUUUAUUCCGCAACUUCCUGUUGGCCGAGAGGAUAAUGAGGUCAUACAACUGCACCCCUGUCAGCAGUCCGCGCCUGCCACCUACAUACAUGCACGCCAUGUGGCAGGCAUGGGACCUGGCUGUGGACAUCUGUCUCUCUCAGCUGCCCACCAUCAUUGAGGAGGGCACCGCCUUCAGGCACAGUCCGUUCUUUGCAGAGCAGCUGACAGCGUUCCAGGUGUGGCUGACCAUGGGAGUGGAGAACAGGAACCCCCCCGAACAGCUCCCCAUCGUACUGCAGGUCCUCUUGAGUCAGGUUCACAGACUCAGAGCGCUGGACCUGCUCGGCCGCUUCCUGGACCUGGGGCCCUGGGCCGUCAGUCUGGCCCUCUCAGUAGGGAUCUUCCCCUACGUGUUGAAGCUGCUACAGAGCUCUGCGCGGGAGCUCCGACCCCUGCUGGUCUUCAUCUGGGCUAAGAUCCUGGCUGUAGACAGCUCGUGUCAGGCAGACCUGGUAAAGGACAACGGACACAAGUACUUCCUGUCUGUCCUGGCCGACCCCUACAUGCCCGCUGAGCACCGCACCAUGGCUGUCUUUAUCCUGGCUGUGAUUGUCAACAGCUACACCACAGGCCAGGAGGCCUGCCUGCAGGGGAACCUGAUAGCCAUCUGCCUGGAGCAGCUCUCUGACCCUCACCCCCUGCUUCGUCAGUGGGUGGCCAUCUGCCUGGGACGCAUCUGGCAGAACUUUGACUCGGCCCGCUGGUGUGGUGUCAGGGACAGUGCCCACGAGAAGCUCUACAGCCUGCUGUCCGACCCCAUACCUGAGGUGCGCUGUGCGGCGGUGUUUGCCCUGGGGACGUUUGUGGGGAACUCAGCCGAGCGGACGGACCACUCUACGACCAUCGACCACAACGUGGCCAUGAUGCUGGCACAGCUCAUCAACGACGGCAGCCCUGUGGUCCGCAAGGAGCUGGUGGUGGCUCUGAGUCACCUGGUGGUUCAGUACGAGAGUAACUUCUGCACCGUGGCCCUGCAGUUCAUGGAGGAGGAGAAGAACUACGCUGUACCCUCACCUGCCAACACCUUAGAGCCCGGUAACCUGACUCCAGUGCGCGACAGCCCGGCCAUCCCUCGGCUGCGUUCAGUCAACUCCUACACCAACAUCAGAGCUGCCACCACCGCACGCAACCUCAACAAGAGCCUGCAGAACCUCAACCUCAACGAAGAGGGUGGUCCGGUGGCGUUCUCUCCGGGUAACCUGAGCACCAGCAGCAGUGCCAGCAGCACCCUGGGUAGCCCUGACAACGACGAGUACAUCCUCUCCUUUGAGACCAUCGACAAGAUGAGACGAGUCUCCUCCUACUCCUCCCUCAACUCCCUCAUAGGGGUGUCGUUCAACAGCGUUUACACACAGAUCUGGAGGGUUCUCCUGCACCUGGCGGCCGACCCGUUCCCAGAGGUGUCCGACCUGGCCAUGAAGGUCCUCAACAGCAUCGCCUACAAGGCCCUGUCUCUGUCUCUGUCUCCCCAGGCCACUAUAAACGCUCGGCCCCAGAGGAUCCUGGACUCUGGCUCUCUCACCCAGUCGGCCCCCGCCAGCCCCACCAGCAAGGGGGCACACAUCCACCAGGCAGGUGGUUCUCCCCCCAUGCCCAGUGCCAGCAGCUCCAGUCUGACCAACGAGGUGCCCAAACCCCCGACACGCGGAGGAGAACAGCCCCCCACGCGACCCCCCUACACCCCCACGCUGGGCGGACAGGCCCCCCACUCCCACCAGUUCCCCCGCACGCGCAAGAUGUUCGACAAGGGGCCCUCCGGCUCUGAACAGGCCGGGGAUGAUGCAGAUGACCCAGGAGGUCACAAGGCCUACAUGAAUGCCAACCUGUCUACAGGGCUGUGUGACUGGAGCGCCAAGUACUUUGCUCAGCCUGUUAUGAAGAUUCCAGAGGAGCAUGAUGUGGAGAGUCAGGUGAGGAAAGAGAGGGAGUGGAGGUUCCUGAGGAACGCCCGCGUUCGAAAACAGAGCCAACGCAUCACACAGAGAGGCGUGACCCGUCUGGACGACCAGAUCUUCAUCAACCGUAACCCUGGCGUUCCCUCCGUGGUCAAGUUCCACCCCUUCAACCCCUGCAUCGCCGUGGCAGACAAAGACAGCAUCUGUUUCUGGGACUGGGAGAAGGCGGAGAGGUUGGACUAUUUCUACAACGGGAACCCUCGCUACACCCGCAUCACAGCUAUGGAGUACCUCAACGGACAUGACUACUCCCUGCUGCUCACUGCUACAGAUGACGGGGCGUUGCGUAUCUGGAAGAACUUUGCGGACCAGCGGAACCCCGAGAUGGUGACGGCGUGGCAGGGCCUGUCCGACAUGCUCCCCACCACCCGAGGUCAGCCAUCCUCCAGCGCCCACAGUCUGGCCAGGCGGGUCUCCAUCUAUCUUGACAGGAGUAAGGGACAGGGAGGUGCAGGCAUGGUGGUGGACUGGGAGCAGGAGACGGGGCUGCUGAUGACGUCUGGAGACGUGAGGGUCAUCAGGAUCUGGGACACGGAGAGGGAGAUGAAGGUCCAGGACAUCCCAACGGGGGCAGACAGCUGUGUGACUAGCCUAUCAUGUGACUCACAGCGGUCCCUCAUCGCAGCGGGGCUGGGCGACGGCUCGGUCCGCCUCUAUGACAGGAGGAUGGGCGCCAACGAGUGUCGUGUGAUGACGUACCGGGAACACUCGUCCUGGGUGGUCAAGGCCCACCUGCAGAAGCAGACGGACGGCAAAAUCAUUAGUGUCAGUGUCGAUGGAGACGUGCGGUUCUUCGAGCUGCGGUCGCCGGACUCUGUGAACGUGCUGCAGACGGUGAAGGGUUUAACGGCGCUGGACAUCCAUCCGCAGGCCAACCUGUUCGCCUGUGGAUCAAUGAACCAGUUCAUAGCCGUGUACAACUCCAACGGUGACGUGAUCAGCAACAUCAAGUAUUAUGACGGUUUCAUGGGCCAAAGGAUCGGGGCUAUCAGCUGUUUGGCCUUCCAUCCCUACUGGCCUCAUCUGGCGGUGGGCAGCAACGACUACUACAUGUCCAUCUACUCAGCGGAGAAGAGGCUCAGAUAACCCCCCCCCCCCCCGAACUUUACCUUUGACCACUGACCUCUCUCCCCUCGGAGCCAGGAUGUAAAUGACUUCUAAUGUACAUAUGCAAUUGUUACCACCCCUGAAUGUUCUAUAGUGAUGGCUGCUGACAAACUCGUGUUUAUGAUGUUGACUUAUAUUAUUAUUCUUGAUCGUUUCAUUCAUAUUCUUUAUUAUGAAGCUAUUGAUUGUAGACUUGGCAGUGCUGAGGAGCGUGUAUAUUUAAUUGCGUGUAUACAGAGAUGAAUAUUAGGUCUAUUUUAAAGGUUCCAGCCUUGGCUGGGGGAGACGGGCGGUGUCGCUACCUGAAUGAACUCGGAAUGACCUCUAUGCAUCGGGGUCAAGAGGUUAUCGAGAGAGAGACAAUUCCCUCUCUCACACACAACUCUGGACCUGAAGGCGUGGCUCACGGACACCCGCAUGACCCUUAUUGAAGCCCCUCCCCCCUGCUGUAGCUAGUAGACUUUCUCUCACAAGAUGGUGGACUACGGGGCACAUCUGGUGUGUGAGAAAGUGAAAUGUAGAACAGAGCACAGAUGAGCCCAAAGUUGGCCCACAGCUUUGGACACAAACCGAUGCCCAUACAGAUGUCCACUAUUUUUAUUUUACCUUUAUUUAACUAGGCAAGUCAGUUAAGAACAAAUUCUUAUUUUCAAUGACGGCCUAGGAACAGUGGGUUAACUGCCUGUUCAGGGGCAGAACGACAGAUUUGUACCUUGUCAGCUCAGGGAUUUGAACUUGCAACCUUUCGGUUACUAGUCCAACGCUCUACCCACUAGGCUACCCUGCCGCCCCAUGCUAUACAUAUACAUGCUAUACUGUAGGACUAACCAGACCUCCUUGCAUCCAUGCACCCUCACCCCGUUGUGCUAAACUCACCAACCUUUGCCAUUCAUCUCCAUUAUCCUAUGCCCAAGGGCUGACCCCAUGUCCUUAGCGCAAUGGUUGACUACUGCUCAGCUCUAAUCCCAAGACUGAUGCUACCUGUCUGCCCUACCAGCAAAGCAAUAAUGAAUUAGCUUGGAGCUCUCUACAGCCUCCAAGCUUCUGCUGCUCCAGACCCCCCGCCCCCCCCCCACUCAUCGGCUGAACCAUACCCGCCUGAGGAGCCCCAGCACUGGGAGACAUGGAGCAGUUUGCUGGGGUCCUGAAGUAUCAGUUCCAGAGUUCUGGCUGAGGCCCGCUUGGCCCAUGCCCAUCCCCAGUCUUUCCUACAGACCCCAGCCAGAAGCACUCCGAGGCUGGACAAGAAGAAACAGCGCCCACUGCAUCCCCAGGGGUGGGGUUCUGCUGCUACUUUUCUGCAUCCUCGCACACAGGCUUAUGAGGACUGUAUGAACUGUGUAUGGACUGUCCCCAGAAUCACACACACCAGCCCUAGGCAGCCCUUUCCCCUGUGUGCCAACUACCAACCUCCACCCUGCUAUCUGCUACACUUUUUGGUGAACAGUCUGUGGCAAUUUUCUUCUAUCUUUGUUUGUUUUUUUCUUUUAACCUUGAUUUUAUUUGCCAGCCGUGUUUGGUUUCUUUAGCAGAAAGGGAGUUUCAAGAAGAUUGGGAUAGAGAAGUUGGGUCAAAAAACAGGAGUGACUUCAGACCUUACUUUGUAAUACAGUGCACUGGUAAAUACACAGUAACGCUCCAUAGCACUUCUUCAGUUCAGUGUCCUUGUUGUCAAAAGCCACAGCUCUCCUGUCAACCUCCAACACUAGCUCAGGUACCUCAUGAGCCACGAUAUACCACAUAAUACCGCGGCGUCUCUGCAUGGUAGACUCACAGAGGUCUGACGUUGCUCUUGAUAUGACGAACUAAGAUGGUCAAAAUAAGAGUCCUGAGGUGCCUUUUUUUUUUUAACAAGGGUUACCCCUCUGGUCAACACUGGCUCCAAGUGCGGUAUCGCCAUUAAUGUGCCUCCAUUAGGGGUCACUUUUUUGGUUUGCUCUGUAUUACCUUCCUGUUUUUCUUUGAAACAUAAUUUUUUUUUUGCACACUUUUGUAAUUUUAUAUUUUUUAAUUUGCUGGUAUUUGUUUGCCUUGGCCCUCAGUGAGAUGGAGAGAUGGGAGAGGACUGUUUCUCCCCCUUUCACAGAUUCUCUUACCCACACGGUGUCUCUCCUCAUACAGUACUCCCCCCAUGGACGCUACCCUCACCUUUUUGCCUCUAAAGUCCUCAGCCUGGCUAUCACCCUAGAAAGGAAUGGACAAUAAUGCUUUGCCUGUGGACUGAACCGGUCACAGAUGCCAUGCAUUCAGUAUAAGCGGCUGCACUCGCGGUCAUAACCAAGCCCCACUACGCUCAGUAGCUCCCCCUCUAGGGUACGGAGGAGGUACUGCAGCCUUCACUGCUAUCACUGACACCUACAGCAAAACCCCACAACGCUGUCUGUCAGCCAUGCUCAGAAUCACAUCUCUAGUUACCCUGCUUUGAGUUUUAACAUUUUAGAUAUGGAAACAAAUGAAACUUUGAAGAUGUAAAAGGAGAAAUUAAGGCAAUCAGGUGUUUCUCUGUGACGGUAGACUGCUUUGCUGACUGGUUUAUAAGAUAGGAGUUGAAGUCAGUCAAAUAAACCAAAUACACAACACAAA